AUAAUAUGAGAAAAAGAAAAGAGAAUCAAAUGCAGGCGUCCGGGGUUGCUCUCCUGAACUGUAGCUUACUGAUGACUGGUGUUUUCCCUCCUCGUUCAAAGCGUUUCAUCAAGGCUUGAGGUUCCUUGGGCAGGAUUUGCAUGUAAAUUUUCAGUAAACAUCCUAGAAUUUUUUGUGUAAGUUUUCAUUUGAGUUUGCACCCCUACAACUCCCACCUAUUUUUUUUGGGUAAUCCUCAUGACUUAAGUAAUCAUUAACCCGUAAGUCCGUAACACUUACCUCGUAUAAACUAAUCAAAAGAAUGCUUAGAAGGAAUUAAGGAUAUUCCUCUCCGUUCUUUCUGUUCUCUUUCAAACAUACCCCAUCAAAUCAAGUCUAGUUCGUAUUCCAAAGUCAAAAAUCAUUUAAAAUAAUUAUAAGUCCGCAAAAUUUGCACUUGACAAUUCAUCUUCAACACAAAUAAGAUGGAAAUUAUUAUAGCAAUUUCACGUGUAUAUGCCUGGAUGAAUAAAGUUGAAUGGGUUACUUAUCGCAUCUAUGGAGAUAUCACAAUCUCUGGCGGGCCUUCAUCCACACAAUGGUAGUGUUAGAAGAACAAUGAUGUAGACGAGAUUUGAUCCGAGGAGUUGCAGAUUCUUUUUUUUUUUGGAAUAAAGGAGCUCCAGAUUCUUGAGAAAUACCAAAAACCAAAGUUGGCCACAGAGUUCUGUAGUUCAAAUAAAUUCAAGGUUUCAUGAAGAGUUAGUGGUUCUGUCCCCCAGUUGGCUGGCAGUUGCAAUUAUAAGAGUUGGCAUGUGAAACUUGUGCACUAAUUCUCAGUUCUCAACUACCAAGUCAAAAUAGGAGCUAACUUUUCGACAGGUACCCUUUUGUUAUUGAAGAAUUUGGAUAUACUGUCUGAUGGUAAAAGAAGUUGAUCUAUGUUUGUCGGUUUUGAUUGGACGUUCGACUUUUACUUAGUUUCUGGGAUAUUUGGAGAGUUGAAGUUGGAAGUUUAAAGUAUUGAGGCAAUGCAUAACAGUUUUUUCUGCAAACUGAGGUUCCUUGAAUAGUAUGGUAUAGUAUUGUCUUCAAGGCAGGGGAAACAGAAUAGUAUUGCUGCUUGUUCAAAAUGGCUCGAGUUAAGAAAAAGCAGCGGCAUUAUGGUAAAAUUGAUCCCUUGUCAUUAGAGAAACUGUUGUCUAAGAGUCCAAGUGACAAGUCUUUGAUUGGGAGACCUGGAUUCUCGAGGAUAGUCUAUUGCAACGAUCCUGAAUGUCCUGAGGCUGAACAACUUAGAUAUUGUGACAAUUAUGUUACAACUACAAAGUAUACUCUUGUUUCAUUCCUCCCCAAAUCAUUGUUUGAGCAGUUUAGGAGGAUUGCCAAUUUUUAUUUCCUCUUGUGUGCAUUCUUGUCGUUCACUCCUAUUUCUCCAAAUCCACCUGUCAGUAGCGUUCUCCCUCUUGUGGCAGUGGUGUCUGUGACAAUGGUGAAGGAAUUGGUUGAAGAUUGGAAACGCAGGAAGCAGGAUAUCGAGGUGAAUAAUAGAAAGACUAAGGUUCAUCGCGGCAAUGGCAAUUUUGAAGACACAAAAUGGAUGGACAUAAAAAUUGGAGAUAUAGUGAAGGUGGAAAAGGAUGAAUUUUUCCCUGCUGAUCUUAUCCUUAUUUCCUCAAGCUAUGAUGAGGCUAUAUGCUAUGUUGAAACAACUAACCUUGACGGGGAAACUAAUCUGAAACUAAAGCAAGCACUGGAAUUAACUGCGGGCUUAAAUGAGGACUCGAUGUUUCAUAAUUUCAGAGGCAUCAUUAGAUGUGAAGACCCAAAUGCUAAUUUAUAUUCUUUCAUUGGUAGUUUGGAUCUUAGAGGUCACCAACACCCUCUUUCGUCUCCACAGCUUCUUCUAAGAGAAUCCAAAUUGAGGAAUACUGAUCAUAUUUAUGGUGUUUCAAUCUUCACUGGUCAUGAUACUAAAGUCAUCCAAAAUUCAGUUGAACCCCCUUCAAAGAGAAGCAAAAUUGAGAGGAGAACAGAUAUAAUAGUUUUCUUCUUGUUUUUCUUGUUAUUUUUUCUUGGUACAAUCGGAUCAAUUUGCUUUGGGAUAGUCAUAAAUAAGGAUCUUCUAGAUGAUGGUACCACAAUGACCAGAUGGUAUUUAAGACCUGAUGACACCACAAUCUACAAUGAUCCUAGAAAUACUUCACUUGCCUCUCUACUGCAUUUUUUGAGAGCUGUCAUGCUGUAUGGUUACCUCAUUCCCAUCUCAUUGUAUGUAUCAAUAGAGAUGGUUAAAGUUCUGCAGACUGAGUUUAUUAACAAAGAUAUACAUAUGUAUUAUGAAGAAGGUAACAAGCCGGCACAGACCCGUACCUCAAAUUUGAACGAGGAACUUGGUCAAGUUGAUGUGAUACUUUCGGAUAAAACAGGAACUUUAACAUGCAAUUUGAUGGAGUUUGUUAAGUGUUCUAUUGCUGGAACUGCAUAUGGCCAAGUGAUCACAACGGUUGAACAGGCUAUAGCUAAGAGAAAGAGGGUACCUUUGACUAGCAAGGUGAAAAGUGGAGAGAGAGAGGAUGAUGAUACUGUAGAUCAGUCGGAUGUUAGAGGCUACAAUUUUGUAGAUGAUAGAAUCACAAACGGGAACUGGGUAAAUGAAGAAAGGUCAGAUAUCAUACAGAAGUUCUUUCAAGUUAUGGCAAUCUGCCAAACUGUUAUACCUAUGUUGGAUGAAGAAACAGGUAGUAUAUCAUAUGAAGCAGAAUCUCCAGAUGAAGCAGCACUUGUCAUUGCAGCAAGGGAAAUUGGGUUUGAGUUUUAUGAGAGGACUCAAGCGAACAUCUCUCUGAGAGAGUUUGAUCCUUUGUCUGGGGCAAAGGUUGAAAGGACUCUUGAACUUCUGAAUAUCAUAGAGUUCAGCAGCGCAAGAAAGAGAAUGUCAGUUAUUAUAAAAAACGAGGAAGGAAAACUUCUACUGCUUUGUAAAGGUGCUGACAGUGUCAUGUUUGAAAGGCUUGCAUACAAUGGAAGGGAGUUUGAAACGCAGACUAGAGAACAUGUUAUGAGGUAUGCUGAAGCUGGUUUAAGAACUCUUAUACUUGCAUAUCGAGAAGUCAACGAGGAUGAAUAUGUGACAUUCAAUGAGGCAUUGACAAUUGCCAAAACCUCAGUCAGUGCGGAACGUGACAAAUUAGUUGAAGAAGUAGCAGAAGACUUUGAGAAGAAUUUGAUUCUUCUUGGAGCUACAGCCGUAGAAGAUAAACUCCAAGACGGGGUUCCUGAAUGCAUUGAAAAAUUAGCACAAGCUGGAAUUAAGUUAUGGGUAUUGACUGGGGAUAAAAUGGAAACAGCCAUUAAUGUUAGUUAUGCCUGCAGUUUGCUGAGAGAAGGGAUGAGGAAGAUAGUAAUCAACUCCGAAUCAAAUAUAGCAAACGCAUCAGAGAAGGUGUUAAAUAAGUCUUCCAUACACAAAGUCUUAAAAACAAGGGUUCUCCAAGAUAUAACAGAGGCAAAGGAACUCCUAUCUUUAUCAAGAGGAGGCUCAGAGUCACUGGCUCUUAUUAUUGAUGGAAAGUCACUCAAUUAUGCAUUGGAGGAUGAUGUCAAACACAUAUUUCUAGAACUUGCUCUUGGUUGUGCAUCAGUCAUCUGCUGCCGUUCAUCUCCUAAACAGAAAGCACUAGUCACUAGACUAGUCAAAACUAGAAGAGGAACAACAUUAGCGAUUGGUGAUGGUGGAAAUGAUGUUGGCAUGCUCCAAGAAGCCGAUAUUGGGAUUGGUAUUAGUGGCUUCGAGGGAAUGCAGGCGGUCAUGGCAAGUGAUAUCGCAAUAGCUCAGUUCCGCUUUUUGGAGCGCUUGGUGCUUGUUCAUGGGCAUUGGUCUUACAGAAGAAUCUCAUCAAUGAUAUGUUAUUUUUUCUACAAGAACAUAUUGUAUGGCUUCACACUCUUCUUCUACGACGCACACACGUCAUUCUCUGGUGAGCCUGCAUACAACGACUGGUGUCUGAUCGGCUACAAUAUGCUCUUUACAUCUCUCCCUGUAAUUGCCCUAGGAGUUCUUGACCAGGAUAUUCCUGCAGAGUCAUGUCUCAAGCACCCUGAAUUGUACCAAGAAGGGGUACAAAACAUCCUAUUUAGCUGGAAAAGAAUACUUGGUUGGUUACUGAAUGGGAUAGUUAGUGCAACCACAAUCUUCUAUCUUUGUAUUUUUGCAUUGGAAAAUCAGGCCUUCCGUAGAGAGGGUGAAGUGGCAGGAUAUGAAAUUCUCGGAGCUACAAUCUACACUUGUGUGGUAUGGGUGGUGAAUGCACAAAUGGCUCUUUCCAUGAACUAUUUCACAUUCAUCCAACACUUAAUCAUAUGGGGCAGCAUUCUACUUUGGUACAUAUUUCUGUUGGUAUACGGAGCCAUUGAUCCUUAUAUAUCUACGACUGCCUAUAAAGUCUUUGCUGAAGCAUGUGCACCGUCUCCCUCUUUUUGGGCUGUCACACUUCUUGCUUCCGUGUUUGCAUUGCUUCCGUACUUCAUAUAUGCUGCUCUGAGUAAGGAAUUUCUCCCACAUUAUCACCAGAUGUUACUGGCUAAACUGAGAAUUUAAAGCAAAUCAACAUUGUUAAGAAUAGUAGGCUGUACAGUGCAUUUAGAAGAAACAAAGGGCAGCAUUUCUGAAGUUAUAAUGUUUCUGUGCAAGAAUAAGUCACAGUUCAGUAUCAUUGUUUUUUUUUGUCUGAUUCUGAUAAUCAAGAUUUCGUUGCAUUAAAUGGACGUAAAGGAGCCCAGAACUCGUAACAGUUGAAAGACGAAGGUCAGAGUAAAGUUCAAACUGCUGUUAUGAAGUUUAGAGCUCCAAACUCGACUUUGGUGAACCCUACAUUCUUGCACCUGUGAUAACAGCUACUUUUUCCCGUUAUCCUGUUUGGUAAAGGGCAUUCUUUCUGGAGCCAAAAUGAUGUACAAUUUUUACUUAGAUGGUUGGCUAGUGCCAUUUAUUUUUUUUUUAUUUUUUUUAAUACCACAAUUGGGUACUCUGUUUAUCAUUAACCGUUCCUGCACUUCCUAGUUCCUACUCCGUAUACCACUACUUACAAGUUCCAAUUGCCGGUCAGUUUUGGAAUGCUUUUGAUUUUGAUAUUUACGGAAUAAUAAUCAAUGCAAUGACCAAUGGAGUCAAUGACUCAAUGAGCAAUAUUAAUGUGUCAUAUACUUAUAUUAGAUUUUAGCCUGUGUGAUGCACGAAUUUUAUUAAAUUGUUAAGUUAAAAUAAAGUAUUUAUAUAUUAGAUUA